CCUCCGGAUACGAACGAAGCCUAAAGACGCAGUUCUCCGUCGAGCUGGCUCGCUCGAUUCUGGAGACGAACAAGGCGCAAAAAUUCGCGCGGGACUCGGUUGGGUUCGUCCCGAUUUCGACCACGAUGAUUUGAUUUCAGUCCCAUUGAGCUUCCUGCUACUUCUUCCCCCUUCGAAUCGAAACCGGAAAUCGAGCAUCGUCUGGUUGAAGUUGAAGAUUCGGGAAUCGCUUCUCUCUCUCACUCUGUCUCUGCGGGAAGUGGGAGCGAUGCUGCUCAAGGCGAUGCAAGCCCUGGGUCACUGGAGGAGACCCUGCUCCUCCUAUGGCUUCUCCGCCCUCUCUCUGUCCAGCCCCUCUCUGGGAAGAGGGCGAGGCUCGAGCCCUUCGCCCCGGUUCCCGGCAUUCUCGGUCCGGAGGAGGCAUCGCGGUUCCGGAGCAGUUCGCGCGCGCGCCACCGCUCUUUCCGGGUCGAGCCCGGACACGGCUCACUCCGCGACGCCCGUUGGGAUCCAGACAUCUGGAAUUGUAAAAAAGAUCAAUUUCUGUCAAUGGUGUGGUGGACCAACUAAGCAUGAAAUACCCGAUGGAGAGGAGAAGAUGAGAGCUAUUUGCACUCUCUGCGGGAAAAUUGCUUACCAGAAUCCAAAGAUGGUUGUAGGUUGCCUCAUUGAGCAUGAUAACAAGGUCCUCCUAUGCAAGAGGAACAUCGAACCUUCCAAUGGUCUAUGGACUAUUCCUGCUGGUUACAUGGAAAUUGGGGAAUCUGCUGCAGAAGGGGCGAUUAGGGAAACUUGGGAAGAAGCAUGUGCAGAAGUGGAAGUUCUUUCACCUUUUGCUCAGCUGGACAUACCUCGUAUUGGUCAAACCUAUGUAAUUUUCUUAGCUAAGCUGCGGAAUCCACACUUCUCACCUGGUCCUGAAUCAUCAGAUUGCCAGCUCUUUGCCCUUGACGAUAUACCUUUUGAUUCCUUGGCAUUUUCAUCCAUUUUGGUCACCUUGAAAUUGUACGUUCAAGAUGUUAAGAACGGAAGGCCGAGAUUUCACUAUGGUACCAUCAAUAAAAGGCCUGGAUCAAGCCCUUCUGAUAUUCGUGCCUAUACUCUGGACUAUCAUCUGCAGUCCUGAUUGAGGCUGUGAUGUUUCACUAUAUCUUUGGAUGACUCAAUUUGGUUUGUGAAGGCUUAGCAUGGACAUCACCUAACGGGAAUACAGAGAAAACAGAGAAACGAUAGAGUUGCAUGUGCUCUUUUUAUAAUAGUGCCUGCUUUGUUCGUCAUGCUUGGGAUGAGUGAUCAUUUGUUUAUCUGUCUGUUGUUAUAGUAUUGGUGUCUCAGUCUUGAACUACGGCAAUGAAAAAGAUGUGUCAAUCAGACGCGGGCCUGUUGUGUUCUCUCCGCUCUGCUCAUCUUUAGUCAUCUCCCUGCUAGUGCGCAGUAAAGAGAAGAAGUUUCGGAGAAAUCGAUGGAGGGAUGCUUCUCUACCCAGCGAAAAUCAGGAAAGGCCCUGAAUGCAAUUGCUUUAACUGGAGAUACUUUGUGUUUAAC